AUGAAUCCCCAACUCGCCAACUUCAUGUUGGCUCGCACUCCUGAGCACAUUCUCCAUCCAAAGACCAUGGCGGACACCACCUUCACCCUCAACACUGGCGCCAAAAUUCCCGCCGUCGGCCUGGGUACUUGGCAGAGUGGUGAGUAUUCUUCUAUGCCACGUGUCAGCAAUGCUCGCGUGUCCUGACGAUCCUGUAGAUCCAGGCCAAGUCAAGACGGCUGUUGCCCAUGCCCUGAAGAGCGGCUACAGGCACAUUGACGCCGUAAGUGUGACCGCGGAGCAGCACGGAAGGCACCGUACUGAGCUAUCCUCCAGGCAUUCGUCUACGGGAACGAGAGUGAGGUCGGCGAGGGCCUGAAAGAGGCGUUUGACUCUGGUAUCAAGGUGCGUUGCGCUGGGUGGGGGAGUACAAGCCGUGUCCAGAUGGGUUGCUGAUAUCUGACAGCGGGAGGAUGUUUUCGUUACUUCAAAAUUGUGGAACACCUACCACCGGAAGCCAGAGGAGUGCCUUGACGAAGGUCUGAAGCGCCUGGGCUUGGACUAUGUCGACCUCUAUCUCGUGCACUGGCCGGUACCAAUGAGCCCCAACGGCAACCACCCUCUCUUCCCAAAGCAUCCGGAUGGCUCGCGAGACUUAGACACUGAGUGGUCCCAUGUCGAGACCUGGAAGAACAUGGAAAAGCUGUUGAAGACUGGCAAAGUGAAGGCAAUCGGAGUCUCCAACUAUAGUGUCAAGUUCCUCGAGGAGCUUCUGCCGCAUGCUUCGGUUGUCCCUGCUGCCAACCAGAUCGAGAACCGUGAGUACAUGGUAAACGCAAGUAUAAUCCGUUUGCUGACUUGACCUUCUCGGCUAGACCCCUAUCUUCCACAGCAAGACAUUGCAGACUACUGCCGCGAGAAGGGUAUCUUAAUUGAGGCAUACAGCCCGCUGGGCAGCACCGGAAGCCCGCUGUUCUCCGAAGCAGGAGUCCAAGAAGUCGCGAAGAAGCACAACGUAGGGCCAGGUACGAUCCUGAUCAGCUAUCAGGUCAACAAGGGGCACGUCGUUCUGCCGAAAUCCGUGACACCCACGCGUAUCGAGGAGAACCUCAAAACCGUGAAGCUGGACAAAUCUGAUCUGGAUGCAUUAGAGGGCAUUCACAAGAAGAAGGGUCUAACACGAUUUGUGUACCCACCGUUCGGUGUCAACCUUGGCUUCCCUGAUAAGCAGUAA